UCAAGCGUCUGAACGACAACGAAGCAUCACGAGAUUUGGUUAGGUUGUGAAUCAUACAUUUUGUUGUACAUUAACUUUAGUUAUUUCUAAUCUCAUUAAUGAUUAUUUAUUUCACCAAUAAAUUAAAAACGCUUCUAUUUAGCAGUUGUGAACCCCAUUGACAACAUUUUUAGCAUAGGCCUGAAUUCUAAGCUAAGCUAUGUCAGAAACAAAUCUAAAAGAUAUUGAAAAUGAACUUGACGAGCUGUCAGUUCGAAUUCUGGAACUCAUGAACGACAACAUAAGUUGCAAGAUGGACAUUGAAAGGACCGUGAGAUCAGGUUGUCUCGAUAUGGCAAAAACAAGAUACAUCUUAGGCAACACAAGCAGUGUGUCAGCAAUGAAAAUACCAACAGAAGAUUUAAAUCCGAUUUCAACAGUGAUCUCAUCUGCUGAAGACGGUAAACUUUCUUAUGAGCUGAAACGAGAACCUGUCCAGAAGGUUUCUUCAGAAGACAAGUCAAAAAAUGUUAAUCAAGAUCCGCUCAAAUGGUUUGGCGUCUUAGUCCCAACAAACUUGAGACAAGCACAAUCGUGGUUUAAUAAAGCUUUAGACCUUUCUGUUCAAAGUGCCAAUAUUACUGUGGAGAUUAAUGCAUCUUUAGAAAAAUAUGAUAGGUUAUCAAGCAAGAAAAGUUCGUUGAAAAAUGUGUCGGAUGAGUCGUAAGCCUAAAGUUAAUGUUGAAACAAGUUAGGUAGCCUACCUAAGGUUUUUAAGAUAUUCUAUUAUGAAGACUCUGGAAUUGUGUUUGGUUAAUAUUUGUCAUAUGUAUAAACAUUAGUUUAGCCCAUUAUAUCAAUAUUAAUAAAU